AGCGAAAGGAGGUCUUUGCGUUGGCUACAGAGCUGGAACGCACCAAAGCUACAUUCAGUGCCGCUAUGGGAAACGUUACACUGUAUGUGAUUUUGAUUGCCAUUCUUCUCUUGAUAUUCCGAUAUUCUUCUUCAAUCCAGCGAGGAAGCUAAGUCAAAUGCAAACAGCCUUCUCACAAUGAAGACGAAUGCCAUAAUAAAAGGCAGCACAGUCCUUCAGGGCGAUUAUCAUUUCAGCAAUGACCUUGGAACUGCAUUAACCAAGUACGCUGCCUCGGUGGUGGAUGUGCGGUCAGAGGAUCAGUCAAUUAUAUCGCAGACAGAAUCAACAAUUUCCGUAGCGCCUCUACCCGCUGCCCCAUCCGGUAUAGAGCAAGCAGAAGGGCUGAAAUCUGCCGUUUCGAACAACUCUGUCUUUCUUCUCAAAACGCUCUUACAACAUGUCCAUGUUGAUUCACGGGACCGAAAAGGACGCACAGCACUAUCUCAUGCAUCCGAGCAAGGGAAACUAGAGAUUGCCAGGCUAUUAAUUGAGCAUGGGGCAUCUGUAUCCGCUCGUCAAUGGAGCGUCAGUGGCUGGUCCGAGGGUCGAAACCCGUACUGGGAGAGUGGUGCCACUCCGCUGUAUUAUGCAGUGUCUCAGCGUCAUACGGAUAUUGUCCGGUUACUGCUGCUACAUGGAGCCAACCCGGAGGCAAGAAAAACAUCCGGGUGUCCCCUCGUGCAGACUGCUGCUGGUGUGGACUGCAUUGAAAUUGUCAGGCUAUUGCUCGACAAAAAGGUCGAUGUGAAUGCGCGAAACUACAAGGAUCUCUGCAUGCAGCCUCAAAAAUUGGCAAUACAGAAAUAAUAAAAUUAUUACUAGAACACGGAGCCUUCCCUGACAUUCCACUCAGACAGCCUGAUUCAAAAACACCACUACAUUUGGCCAUCGAGAGUCAGAAACUGGAAGCCGCCGAAACUCUCCUGCAGUACGGCGCAGAUUCCAACGCACGCAUGCUC